CCAAACCAUACACACAGGCAAGGUCUUUAUGCAGAGGGGAUUUGUAUGCAUACAGUGCCUAUAUACACAAUCCCAGUAUACAGAUCUAAUAGAGCAUGCCAUUCAGUGCACUGGCUGUACAUAUACUUCAAGCUGUCUGGCAGAGUUUUGUGGUUUUUCUUCCAGCAAUAUCCAUUGAGGCAUUUUAGAACUUUUGUUUCAUUUUAUCUGCCCAAACAUUUUGUAUACUUUUUAGCUGACAUCAUUUGACCAGGCAAUGAUCUUCAUGAAUGUAAUUUACUAAGUUUUGAUCAAGGCCAGAGACUGCAGUUCUACAAAAUGUUAUUGCUUACUCAGACAUACAUGUAAUGAGACACUGUGACAAUUAAGCAAGGAUAUCACUUUGGGAUUAGUAUAUCUCAACCACCAGCAACCAGCGAUCAUAGCAUCCCGGUAACACCUGCAACUUCGCCAACACUACAAGCAACACCUACAACUCUCAGGUUGCUAACGUACAAACUUACAGUCUACCCCUGCAGGCAACAACACAGCAUCAUCUUGCAUCAUGUAUCAUAUUAGCAUCACUGACAACAGUUAGGUAGCGCUUCAGCAACAUUGCCUACCACUUCCGCACUGCAGUUUCAUACCACUCCUACAACACGCAAACGGACUUAUCAUCGGCUGAUAAAAAGUCAGACGUGAUUCAUUCAAGUGGAAAUGAGCUAUCACAACUCUCUUCCACAUCUUUAACGUCAGCAAUGGCAUCAAAGACCACAUCAGCAAUACCAUCAACCACAUCAUCUGACCGUGAAGGUAAUAUUAUUCAAUCAAAAUCAAGCUUUGCGGAGGUAUUGAAUCUACAAACCACAAGCACACUGACAGCAUCAUCCUGCAAUGAGAAAACAACUAGUUUCGCCACCAUGCAACCUACAACCCCAGUUGGCAACACAGACAAUGCAUUCCCAAAGAUUCUUCAAUCUCAGGCAGUGGUUAAUGCAAAGAGAAGUUGCCCACAGAAUGGGCAAACUCCUGAACAUGCAACAUCUCUCACAACACCAACCACACCGACGGUCAAGCAGCCACACCUACCACUACCAACAGUCAAACAGGAACUUGUUCAGAGCAGAAAUGUGCAAGCGGAUCGGUGUCAGGUUCAGAACCUUAUUCAUCAACAAUCUCACCUUCAGCAACUGCAACAACAACUCUACCAUCAAACCGAAUACGACCUGCUUCUUCACCCCAUCCCAAUGUGUCACAGCCAUUUCAUCCAGGCAAGCUUUCUCGCAACCAGUUACCCCUCGAUAUGAAGAUUGAAGCUAUACGUCUGAGGGAGGAGGAGGGGCUAAGUGCGCGGAGCAUCAUGGAGAUCAUGAAUAUGCAUGGGUUUAAAUGUGGAAAGACACAAGUG